AAACUGGGUUUUAAAAACGACUGAUUCAGUGAUAAGAAAAUGUCCGUAGUGUUGACUGAAGUGGAAGCGUUGGUGCAGCGGUAUGUGCCGGAGUUUAUCAAAUUGCUGACCGGCUUCGAGGAGACGGAAGAGAACUUUACUCUAUGCCAGCAAUUUACGAUGGGUAUCAUCCGGAAUCACACCUUCCUCUCGGUGAACAGCCACGAAAUUAGGCGGAAGAUAGAGGAUGUUAUAGAAAACAUAGAAUUGUGGAACUUUGUCGCAGAGGCCACACAUUUGCGACGCUGCUACGAGGAGCUGAUCACGGAUCCGGCAUGCAUGGACCACUACGUACACGAGAUCCACUGGUCCAUCCUUCUGUUUCUGCUCUCGGUGGCCUAUAACCCGGUGGGAGCACUAAAAGAGCGGCUACGAACCGGACGCGCCAUUGAGCCCUUCCAACCGGAACCCAGCCGACCACGGUUGCCCGACAAGGAAAAGGAUGAUCUCAUUGCUGAUUUGCUGAAAGACAACGUUUCAUUUGCGUUGUCGCCCCAGAACUCGGAUCUAAGCGACUGGAGUGAUCUAGACGAUGAUGAAAACGAUCCGGAAACUGUUGGACAGCAAAAGGAAUCGGACUUUGAGUUGAUCGAUCAUGGGCAAGCACCGGAUGAGAAAUGUAUCGAACAGAGAGAAGUGUAUGGUCCAAUUGCACCGCCUCAGCGAGAAGAAAAUUACCUUCUCUUUGAGCAGGGCGAUGCGCUCGAAUGGCUAGAGGAAAACGUUCACAUGAGCUGGUGGAAGGAUUCCCAGUUCAAAGUGAACGUCCUGAGCGACCACAGAGGGGCCUCGUUUUGUGAUUUCUGGUCCGAAUGUGUCGCCAAAGCGUCUCACGGAUUUUUAAAAUCCGAUACCGUCUCAACCGUAUCGGAAAGCUGCGUUCUGAGAGAGAUACUGUGGAUGUUCACUGCCCCUGUCGAUUGUAAACUGUUUCGAAUUGAUGACGAUCAAAUAUGGAUCAAUUCCAACGUCUCACUGGCCAGUACCACGGAGCAUGGUAUCCAAACGUUUCUCCUCAACUUUACCGAGUUUAUGACCAUCGCCUAUCGGUUGCGGAACUUCUGCAGCAGCGUCCUAGAUACUUCGGGGAAAUCCAUUCCUGCGCCUCACUCGUUUGAAUGUUAUGCAGCGGGAGUCAAAAGCUUCCUAACGAACAUGGAAACGGUGAUGAUCGCGAAGGAAAUGGAGCUAAUACGCCAAGAACCGGGCAAAACGCACACCAUAAUCUCGCUGUUUCAUGAGCUAGAACCAGAGCUGCUCGUGCUAAAGAAACUGUACGACAUCCACCGGUUCUCUGUGCUCGAUUGGACGAAAUAUCCGGCCCACAUUGCGGUAGCCCAUCUGCUUUCGGGAUUGUUCCGUAGCGUAAAGUUGAGUGCCAACUUGGAGAAGGGCAAUUUGGCUUUCGCGCUACUACUGGCGGCCUUAAAGUGUUACAUGAACAUGAUCGAUAUCUGGUGGACGGAGGGUAGGCUCGAUGAUUGGCGAGACGAGUUUUUGGUGGAACGGCAAUGCACGGAUCCGCCACACAUUGGCGUACUGACCGGUUACCAGGCGAGAUUGUUCUCCAAGUGCAAACAACGUUGCUUCUACGUCAGCUCAGCCAUCUCGGAAGUGAUAGAGAACGAUCCAAUCAUCAAACUAUUGUUGCACCAUUCACUGGAAGCUGGCUAUACUUUGAAUAUUUUGAAUGGCUUAGAUAGGAUAAGCGAUAUGCGCAGGGCGCAUGAGUCGGAGGAUGAAAACUUGGUUUAUCUAAGCUUUUUGGGAUCCAUCGUAGAAGAGCUGGAGAAAUUCCGGACAGAGGAGCAAUCAGCGGAAGAAGUGGACACCAAUCAAAAGGAAGGAUGCGCAGUCAGGUUAAUCGAUAAACAAGGAGGGCACAAGGAACAGCGACUAACUAAAGAAAUUCAAGAAAUCUGCAACGAUGAUCUGCUACUUAUGGCUCUACAAAGUACACUACAAUUGGUCAGUGGACACACGGAGCGACAUUCCUCCCUAGAGUUGACUCGCAAGCCGGAGCAAGAGCUUACGAAUGCUCAUACGCUGUACGAGAAAUUGAAUCAAAUCUCUACACUACCGCUACCGCUGGAGCACGUGCUGUUUGAUGCGAUAAAAACGCUCAUGGAAACUAAGCGACAAGCCGCCAACCAUUACGUUACCUACAUCUACAAAGAUGAGUUUCAUGUGAUGGAUCAUUUAAGGAACAUACGGAAGGUACUGCUACUGGAAGCUAGCGAUCUGAUGGACUACUUUUACAGUGAUCUGUUUCGAAGAAUCGAAGCCGGCGAGAGCUGGGCAAAUCCGUACUUGCUUACGACUCAGCUAAGCGACAUUCUCGCCUCGCGCUACAACGAUAUGAUGUCGAUGUUUACCGUAGAGAUCGAUCGUUCAGUCGGACACAGGCUAGAACACCCGACAGUACUGCAGGCGAUCGAUGCGAUACGAGUACUGUACAUCCCUGGUCACGAUUUGACCAACAUGAUCAACGACGACACACUGGCCAGUUAUAACAGCGUGUUUCGGUUCCUUUUGAAAGUGAAGUGGGCUCUGGGAACGUUAGAAAUGUUGCGGUUUCCUUGGUCCCAGAAACGCAGGCCACCUUAUGCGUCCUUCGGCAUGAUGGAUUUGAUAUUGAAGCGAUUGGCAAUGUUGAAGUUUUGGAUGAUAUUUUCCAUCCAGUGUGUCCACUCUCACCUGAUGACGCACGUGUUGCAAUCGUUCGGCGAGCAGCUCGAUGCGAAACUUGACCGUGCCGAUAAUCUCAGUGAUAUGAUAACGGCGCAUCAGAUGUACAUUAGCACCAUCUUUGAGCAUUGUUUUCAACAGGAGGACAGUAAGGAGGUUCUAGAAGGAAUCAAACAAAUGCUAGAGCUUGUGUCGAUCCUACGCGAUGAGUGGCAAACCACGACCAACUUUACGGAAUUGGACGCUCGAGGAGAAAUUACGGAUAACAGUAUGAUUGGCGAUUUUGUGUCUCGAUGCCAAAUCGAUGAGCUGGAGCGGACGUACUGUAAGUGUCACCAGGAGUUGGCUAGACUACUCAGUCGGGAAGCCUAUGGCAAGCAAAAACUACACCUGACCGGUCUGGUCGAUGCGUUUAGUUACAAUGCACCGUACUAAAGCACACCACACGCAUACGCAAACGCCUAAUACUGCAAGCUACGUUUUGUCCCGAUGUCGUCCAGUAUCUGCUGCAACUCGUCGUCC